UUUCAGGUAUUGCUAUGAAUGCGUCAAUAAGGCGACAAAUGAGCGCAAAUGCAUUGUUUGUGGCGGUUUGCGACCAGCGCCCGUCGGCAAAAUGAUCUAUUGUGAUUUAUGUCCGCGCGCCUAUCACGCCGACUGCUAUAUACCGCCGCUGCUGAAGGUGCCGCGUGGCAAGUGGUAUUGCCACGGCUGCGUCACGAAGGCGCCACCCCCGAAGAAGCGAACCAGCAGUAAACCGCGACGUGACCGCGAUUCUUCGAAACGACGGGAUCGCCAUAGCAAUUCAUCGUCGUCGUCGAAUGUUGAUAUCCAGCAACAACAACAACAACAACAGCAGCAGCAGCAGCAGAACCAGCAGCAAAAUCAUCAUCAGCAACAACAGCAGCAGCAGCCACAACAGCAACAGGUUGCGGUUCUAGCGCAGGCGCAGGCCAUGGCAGCUGCCUCGGCGGAACACCACCUGCACAAUUCAUCACAGCUUUCGCUGAACUCGUCGCAUGACGAGUCAAUGAACUCGCUACCGACGCCGCUCAGGUAGGUC